UUACCAAUCUUAUAUUUUUAAAAAACAAAAACACAACAAUAGUAUUAAACAUUAACUCAAGUUGGCGAUUUAAAAUCUGCUCCCAAGCUAAAUUCAAAUCAAGUAAUGACUUCCCCACGAGCUUUUGUUCUCAAAGAUCUGUUUAAGUUUAAUCACAUUGUGUUGGAUCCUUUGGUGGAAGUUUAUUCUCUGCCAUUUUUUCUACCAAAAAUCUUGGAAUAUCCGGAACUGGUUCUUGCGAUUGAUGCGCCUGACGAUCGUCUGAUUGGUUUCAUUUUGGGAACACGUAUAGUGGAUGCCAAAGGCAACAAUGGUGAUGGAAGGAACAUAAGUUGGAAUAAUGGGCACAUCUCCGCUCUAGCUGUUGCUCAGGAUUACCGAAAACUGGGACUGGCUACUCGUCUAUUGACUACUCUUAGGGAUAUAAUGGAUCGUAAAGGGGACUGGUAUAUUGAUUUAUUUGUGCGGGAGAAGAAUGAAAACGCCAUCAGGCUCUAUAACUCCUUGGGAUACGUAAAGUAUCGCUGGAUGCCACAUUUCUACGUCAACGAUCAUGGUUAUAAUAUGAGGCUGCCCCUAAACCGCGAUGUGGACAAAAAAUCAUUGGAGGGAAUUUUGGUCAACAAGCUCUAUAGCUUUGGAAUUAUGUUAGAGCACUAUUUAUUGGGACUUUUUUGAUAGGUGGCAGUGACAAAGGGCUCGAUUUAUAAAUAUAUAAUAUCCAAUCACAUUGCUAGUCAAUAUCUACUCUUUAAUCCAUAAAACCACAUGUUUUAUUCGUUUGCCAGAAAAAAAAUAUAAAUUAUGCCAUUUAGGAAACACCCAGAAAAAGUUCAUUGCACUCGGCCAGCGAAAUUCAACUAAAAGUUUGAGCAAGUCGCUCAAAAUAAAAAAUGAAAACUAGAAAAUUGAUGUCAGAAAGCAUAUGGAAACAAGAUUUGUUUAUAUGACAACAUUGAACCAGAAUUUUCAAAUGCUCUGCGUUUCAAGUUGCGCAAAAUGCCAAAUUGUGAAAAUCAUUGCGCGUGUGCUUUAGACACAUGCCCCGACCAGACUACACUUUAUAUUUAUAUAUAUAUUCUA